CAGCAGUGAGCGCGCGCGCACUGGUUUAUAGAGAUUUUCACGUGAGAACGCGACAAACCAUCACUCGCAUACACUGUAGCCUAAUUCUCUCCGCUCACUGCGUCACAGAAGAGCUUACGGGAGGCAUUUUUGUACCUUUUUCCACCGCUUGAACGCGUUCGACAACAUUACGAUGGUAGACUUUGGCAUUCUUCGUUUUUCUCUGCGCUUCUUUCCUACUUCAUGCCAAGGCGGUGAUUGCAGUGGAUGGGCAGAACGUGCCAGGCUUCGUUUCUAAUCCAAAAAGUGCCCGUCUACUCGGGGAUCUCGCGCUAAGAAGAUGUAAGGACCAAAACAAGCCUUCACCCUGCAAAACUAUCAUCUUUCUUCACAAAAAUGCAGAAGGGAAUUCGGCUGAAUGAUGGUCAUGUCACCUACCUGGGUCUUUUGGCGAAGAAGGAUGGCACGAGGCGAGGCUGCUUAAGCAAAAAGAGCUCCGACAACACAAAAUGGCACACCAAGUGGUUUGCUCUGUUGCAAAAUAUGCUUUUUUAUUUUGAGAGCGAGUCCAGCUCGCGACCCUCGGGAUUAUACCUGUUGGAGGGAUGUGUGUGUGACAGGUCGCCCUCACCCAAACCUUCACUGUCAGCCAAGGAGUGCUUAGAAAAACAGUAUUAUUUCACAGUCAGCUUCAACCAUGAGAAUCAGAAGGCCCUGGAGCUUCGCACAGAAGAUGUUAAGGACUGCGAUGAAUGGGUGGCAGCAAUAUCACAUGCCAGCUACAGAAACCUGGCCACCGAGCAUGAAACGCUCAUGCAGAAGUACCUCCAUCUACUCCAAAUCGUGGAGACCGAGAAAACAGUUGCUAAGCAACUUCGACAACAGAUAGAAGAUGGGGAGAUUGAGAUUGAACGUCUAAAAUCAGAGAUUGCAGCAAUGCUCAAAGACAAUGAAAAGAUUCAGUCAAGUCCCACCACAGCACCCAGCGAUGAUGAUUCGGAGAUCAAGAAAAUCAAGAAAGUGCAAAGCUUCCUGAGAGGCUGGAUGUGUCGGCGGAAGUGGAAGACCAUCAUUCAGGACUACAUCCGUUCUCCACAUGCCGAGAGCAUGAGGAAGAGAAACCAGGUGGUCUUUAGCAUGCUGGAGGCGGAGGCUGAGUACGUCCAGCAGCUCCACAUCCUUGUCAACAACUUCUUGAGACCGCUGCGCAUGGCUGCCAGCUCCAAAAAGCCACCCAUAACCCACGAUGAUGUCAGCAGCAUAUUCCUCAACAGUGAAACCAUAAUGUUUCUGCAUCAGAUAUUCUACCAAGGGUUGAAAGCUCGAAUAGCAAGCUGGCCAACAUUAGUCUUGGCUGACUUGUUUGACAUCCUGUUGCCCAUGCUGAACAUCUACCAGGAGUUUGUGCGUAAUCACCAGUACAGCUUGCAGAUCUUGGCCCACUGCAAGCAGAACCGCGAUUUCGACAAGCUGCUGAAACAGUAUGAAGCCAAGCCUGACUGUGAGGAACGCACGCUGGAGACGUUCCUUACUUAUCCCAUGUUUCAGAUUCCUCGUUACAUACUGACCCUCCAUGAGCUGUUAGCACAUACACCGCAUGAGCAUGUGGAGAGAAACAGCUUGGAUUACGCCAAGUCGAAGUUGGAGGAGCUUUCCAGAAUCAUGCAUGAUGAGGUGAGCGAGACGGAGAACAUCCGGAAGAACCUCGCUAUCGAGCGCAUGAUCGUGGAGGGCUGUGAGAUUCUCCUAGACACCAGCCAGACCUUUGUCAGACAAGGAUCUCUGAUUCAAGUGCCCAUGAGUGAGAAGGGCAAGAUCACCCGGGGGCGACUGGGGUCUCUGUCUCUAAAGAAAGAGGGUGAGAGGCAGUGUUUCCUCUUCUCCAAACAUCUAAUCAUCUGCACUAGAGGCUCUGGAGGGAAACUGCACCUCACCAAGGUGAAGCCUCAUACAGUACAAAACGGAGUGGUGUCGCUCAUUGACUGCACACUGAUAGAGGAACCAGAGGGCACUGAUGACGAGUCCAAAUCAGAGAAGAGCGGUCAGGACAUGGAGCACCUGGAUUUUAAGAUUGUGGUGGAGCCCAAAGACAGCCAGUCAUUCACCUUCAUCCUGGUGGCCUCCUCGCGGCAAGAGAAGUCAGCCUGGACCAGUGACAUCAGCCAGUGCAUAGAUAAUAUUCGCUGUAAUGGGCUGAUGAUGAACGCCUUUGAGGAGAACUCUAAAGUCACUGUGCCACAGAUGAUCAAGUCUGAUGCCAGUCUGUACUGUGAUGACGUAGACAUCCGCUUCAGUAAGAUGAUGAACUCGUGCAAGGUGUUGCAGAUCCGCUAUGCCAGUGUGGAGCGUCUGCUGGAGAGGCUGACCGACCUGCGCUUCCUCUCCAUUGACUUUCUCAACACCUUCCUGCACUCCUACCGCGUGUUCACCAGUGCUGACGUCGUUCUGGACAAGCUCAUCACCAUUUACAAAAGGCCCAUCAGCGCCAUACCAGCCCGAUCCCUGGAGCUGUUUUUUGCGAGCAGCCAGAACAACAAGCUCCUCUAUGGAGAGCCUCCCAAGUCGCCCCGUGCCAGCCGCAAGUUUUCGUCCCCACCGCCACUGGCCAUCACUAAGACUUCAUCUCCCAAUCGCCGCCGCAAACUGUCCCUCAACAUCCCCAUCAUCACCGGAGGGAAGGCUCUGGAUCUGGCAGCCCUCAGCUGUUCCUCCAAUGGCUAUGCAAGCAUGUACUCUACCAUGUCCCCCUUCAGCAAGACCACUCUGGACAUCAACAAGCUCUAUGUGUCCAGUCCCAUCACCAGCAAGAUCCCCGACGAGGGAGAGGGCAAGACGGACAAGGCAGAUGAAAUUUCUCUCUGCAAACAAGACAAUUCAGUGAGGGAGGAAAGCGAUAACGACCAGAUCCAGAGUGAUGAGGCAGAGGCUGAAGUGUCGCCCACCAAAUCACCCACCACUCCCAAAAACGUCAAAUGCAAAAACUCCUCAGAAUUCUCUCUGUUCUCUUACAAUAAUGGCAUGGUGAUGUCAUCCUGCCGGGAGCUGGAUAACAACCGUAGCGCCUUGUCUGCCGCUUCUGCCUUCGCCAUCGCCACUGCAGGUGCCAACGAGGGCACGCCAACCAAGGAGAAGUACCGCCGCAUGUCUUUGGCAAGCACAGGGUUCCCUACGGAUCAGAGGAACGGAGAUAAGGAGUUUGUGAUUCGCCGAGCAGCAACUAACAGAGUCCUCAAUGUCCUCAGGCACUGGGUGUCCAAACACUCACAGGACUUUGAAACCAACACUGAGCUCAAGAUGAAGGUAAUCAGCUUCCUGGAGGAGGUGAUGCACGAUCCUGAACUUCUGACCCAAGAAAGAAAGGCUGCUGCCAACAUUAUACGAACACUAACGCAAGAGGAUCCUGGUGAUAAUCAGAUCUGUCUGGAGGAGGUUCUGCAGAUGGCUGAAGGAGGAAAGUCAGAGUCUUUCGAGAACCAUUCAGCUCUGGAGAUUGCAGAGCAGCUCACCCUACUUGACCACCUUGUAUUCAAAGUCAUACCAUAUGAAGAGUUUUUUGGUCAGGGAUGGAUGAAGAAUGACAAAAAUGAAAAGACACCUUACAUCAUGAAAACAACAAAACACUUCAACGAUAUCAGUGACCUGAUCGCUACAGAGAUCCUGCGCUGUGAGGAUGUGAAUGUACGGGUAGCAGUGAUGGAGAAGUGGGUGGCGGUGGCUGAUAUCUGCCGCUGUCUCCACAACUACAAUGCUGUGCUGGAAAUCACCUCGUCCCUCAAUCGCAGCUCCAUCUUCCGCCUGAAGAAAACCUGGCUCAAAGUCUCCAAGCAGACCAAAACAGUCAUUGACAAGCUGCAGAAGUUGGUCUCGUCUGAAGGAAGGUUCAAGAACCUCAGAGAGGCCUUAAAAAAUUGUGACCCUCCCUGUGUGCCAUAUUUGGGAAUGUAUCUCACUGACUUGGCCUUUAUUGAGGAGGGGACGCCCAACUACACAGAGGACAACCUGGUCAAUUUUUCCAAGAUGCGAAUGAUUUCCCAUAUCAUCCGAGAAAUCAGGCAGUUUCAGCAAACGGCGUAUAAGAUUGAUUACCAGCCGAAGGCAGCACUAUAUUUACUGGACAGAAGCGCAGUAAUGGAAGAAGAAGGCCUGUAUGAAGCCUCUCUCAGAAUUGAGCCUAAAGUGCCCAACUGAGAGAGGCUCUACUAGACAUCCACACAAUGUACAGACACUACGCUCUCGACAGUAAACAUCCAUGUGUUCUGUUCUGUAACAUGAUUAUUACUCCUGGAUGUGUUUUCUUGUUUUUAGUCGUAACCAAAUGUUGCCUAAUUGUUUCAGAACUUUCACCGAGGACUUACCUGUUGAUUUCAGCCUCUGUUUUUAGAAAUUCAUAUUCCUUCCCCUUCCAAAAUAUGAUUUACUUCAGUACAGGAUACACUGUAAAUGCAUAAAUGAGCAGUUUUUUGUAUUUCUGAUUCAUAGAUUUUUAUUUAUUUAUUAUUUUAAUUGCAUUACAGGACACUAAUCUUUCCUCCAACAACUUUUGAAGUUGAAAAGUUGGAAGAAAAAAAUUGCAUUUAUUGACAUUUUUAAUAGUUUGAAGAGAGGUAUUGUCUGGACUGGUUUGGUAAAUUAUGGUAGAAAAGCCUGAUAAUAAACUACCAGUACUUUCUUCUGUUAUGUUACUGACGCAAUUCUUAAUAAAUAUACUAUUUAUUAUACAAUACACUACUUCAAACUACUAGAAUGUCAAUGAAAGUCACUUUGUUAAAAUGCAGAGUUAAAUUUUCAGCAUCAAAAGUUGACGAUGCAGAAAUCAAGGUCUCAUAAUCCAAUUCAAUUAUAAACAGAAAACACUAGCGAAUCAGAAAAUAUGGAAACUGUUCUUUUUUUUUUUUUUUUUUACAGCGUGAUUAAUUUCAAGGUGUGGUUGUUUCUUUAAUUGAUCAGGCUCAUCCACAUCACCUUAAUGAAAUGUGAAAAGCCAGCAGGAGCUUUUUGAGAUUUUACUAAAUGCAUGUAACUAAUUUACGGUAUAUGCAAACCAUGUAGCAAUGUGGAAAGCAGAUAUAUUAUUGUAUACAACCAAGCGUAUAGAAACUUAUACUGUUAUACUAUUAUAUUCCAUAUCACUGUACUUAGCUGAACCAUUUUUACAUCUAUUGGUUGCGAUAAUUAACGUCCAAUACCCGAUUUCACAAAGAGCUUGUUUGGACAUGCCUAAAAUGCCAUGACAUGUCUUAUUAAGUAAUUAAAAUAUGUUCAAAAGAUAUGGGAUGUCUCUACUAUUGGCCAUUUGAGAUUUUGAUCUGCUCUUGCAUGGGAAGUUUGUUCAUUUAAAUGCAAAGAAGUUUUUUUUUUUUUCUAAUGAUUUCCUCAGCGAAAACUAUUGGAUCAGCAGUAUGUUUCUAGUCAUUGUUUACCCAUUAAUGUUUCUGUUGUUCACAGCCACAUUUCUCAGCAUUCUAGGGGAAAACAAAAGGUAUUCUGGGUUUAACACUAUCCUUCUACACCAGUUUAUCCAGCUAUUGUACAUUUACAGACAAUCUAUGUCCUUCUUGCUGUUCCAGUGAUUGUGGAACGUGACUGAAUAUCACUUUGUAAAAUGCAUUGUCGUUUAAGAGUAUGAUCAAAAGUGAAUGACCUUCCCGCUUGCAGCAUACAAAGGGUAUUUUUGUAGUCCUAGAAUAAAGACGUAGGGUUCUGCAUCCUUACCUUAAAAAAAGAAAUAAAAUAAAAAAAAAAGACAGUAGAAACAUUUUUGUACAAACAUUGUCAACUCGCCACACAGAAAAGUAUUCUGUAUAUUUUGUACAUGCAGCCCUAUGUAUUUCUUAACAUGUACUAGUUUAAAGCACACCUCUUAAAAGCGUUGUAUCCUAUGCUUACACACUCAAUGCUAUAUGAUUUGUGAUUUUUGAAACCAUGAUCUAGAGGUAGAGGACUUUAAAGUGUUUUUGCAUAUACUGUAAUCCUGUCUAUAAUCAUUCUCUUAGCAGGAAUAUAGUAAUGUA